ACUCCAUUUCUGCCAAAAAAACAAAAAAACAAAAAGCAAAACCAAAUACCAGCAAACAUGGACAACACCUCUGACACAGAGAGAAGUGCGCAUGAAGAGCGCAGCGAUGGAGCUGGCAGCCCCGACCCGCAGCCCAAACAUGAGGACUCAGGUGAAGCGAAGGAGCAGCUGCUCAGCGAGGUGCAGGUCCACGCCUCUGCGGAGGCAGAACGCAGCUCGCCGGACUACAUGGACACCAGAGACGGGGACAAACAAAGCUGCUCGUCCUCCUCAUCCAGCGACGACGAAGAGGUGGCGGAGGCGAAAGCAGAGCCGGAGCCAGUGGUGGAGGUGAUGGUGGAGGAGGCGAACGGCGAGGCGCACGGCGGAUCCAGGCGCUCAUCGGCCUCCUCUGCAUCCUCCGCUUCCCCAGGAGACCCGUGCGACGACCCGCCGAUCCAGAGUCCGCAUGAGGAUAACGCGGAGGACGGCAUGCUGAUGGCGUACACCCACCCCAGCAUCUACACCAAGCCGGAGGAGACCGUCGAAUACAGCCUGAAAACUCUGGAGAGUGUGACUCUGGAUGAGAGCAGCGCUGCGCCGGCCGAUCCCACCCAGGACGACAUCUCUCUGUUCGUCAAGGCGGGCAACGACGGAGAAAGCAUCGGCAACUGCCCCUUCUCCCAGCGCCUCUUCAUGAUCCUCUGGCUUAAAGGGGUCGUGUUCAACGUCACCACCGUCGACCUUAAAAGAAAGCCCGCAGAUCUGCACAACCUCGCCCCGGGGACUCACCCUCCCUUCCUGACCUUCAACGGAGAGGUCAAGACCGAUAUCAACAAGAUCGAGGAGUUUCUGGAGGAAACGCUCUGUCCUCCAAAGUAUCCCAAGCUGGCCGCCAAGCAGAGAGAGUCGAACACAGCUGGAAACGACAUCUUCGCCAAGUUCUCAGCCUACAUCAAGAACACCAAACCAGAGGCCAACGCCGUUCUAGAGAAAGGUCUGACCAGGGCCCUGAAGAAGCUGGAUGACUACCUGAACAGCACCUUGCCAGACGAGAUCGAUGCAGACAGCAUGGAGGAGGAGAAGGGCUCCAACCGAUGCUUCCUGGAUGGAAACGAGCUCACUCUUGCAGACUGCAACCUGCUGCCUAAACUGCACAUAGUCAAGGUUGUUGCUAAGAAGUACCGCAACUACGACAUCCCCUCAGACAUGACGGGCGUGUGGCGGUACCUGAAGAACGCCUACACGCGCGACGAAUUCACCAACACCUGCGCUGCCGACUCUGAGAUCGAGACCGCCUACAAAGACGUGGCGAGGAGACUGGCCAAGUAGCUCUGCGGCUGACCUCGGAGCUCCAGCGAAAUAAACUAGCAGCACAACACAAAAAAAACAUCACUUUUAAACCUAUGCGUGGCUGUCCUUUUGAGUCUUCUUCAGUGGCGUUUUCAGGAACACUUUUGUCCUUCAUAAACAGGUCAGAUGUUGCAGAUGUGUGUCAGGAUGGCAUCGCCUGCUGCUUCAGAGAUUCAGAACAUAUAUGGUGUAGCAAUGAGAGGAACAGACAGGGCAGAGGACGAGUGGAGAAGUCAGUAAAUCAGACACGUUUAACCUCAUUCACAGGUUUCAAACUAGAUUCAAAACCUUCUGCUGUGAAACCUCUCACAUAACUUUGACUCGAACAUGAUUGUGUCUGUAUUUAUUUCCCAUAACACAAAGCUCUCUUUCAUACAUACUCCAGCGGCGCACACGGCCAAACAUUUUACUAGCUGCUGAUGUCAGGGUCGUUCACUUUAUUUAUUCCAAAGCCCACAGAAGUCUGGUCUGACUCCAGUGUUUAUUAUCAAGCUUUGGCUCCUGGGGAGAAGCUUUAAUUCAUCUAUGAUUGAUGAUUGACGUUAAUUGUUAGCUGAGUGUGACCGUUUCGAUGUGCAGGUUCAUUUUGAUCGUCGCUCAUUGCUGUAGGUGUUGCUGUAGUCGUUUUGUUUCCUUCAGCUCGUGCAGAUCUUGAAAUUCACUCCCGCUUCUCCAAGAUUGAUUUUAAGAAGGACUGAUUUUAAAAACAAUGUCUGUAUGCUCCGAUGGCGUUAUUUCGAAAGGACAAAAGUUAUCAGACAAGGGCAUCGAGAGUGAAGAUCAAAGCUUGUUUCUGAAUUGUUUGCAUGCAUGAAUCUCUUUUAAAUUGGAACAUUUAAAGCUAAUAUAGAGCUGCUUCUUAAGAUGUGAAAACCCCUCAUGUGCCUUUAUUUGGAAGUAUCAGAAAACCCAUGCCAAUGCAGCCAUAGCCCGAGGCAUUUGCUCUGCCUCUAGUCAUUAGGGUUCAGUCUAGGUAUUGAUUUCGUCUUAAGUUACACACGAUAUUAUGAAUGGUGAGACUAUUUAUUUAGCAGCCCCAAUCAGGCCUGAUUAGGUAGAGCCAUUAGUGCUGCGAUGAAAAGCGUCUUCCAGGCCAGGUCCGCAAUGGUCAGGAGCCCUGCCCUCCAGCCCUUCAUCAAAGAGACAUUUCCUCUGCUCUGAGGAGUCUAUCGACAUCCGCAGCCUAAAGUUCAAGUUCAAAAGUUUCAUUGUCCACGCAGAGGAGGAUGGAAAUUUGUCUUGGGGCUUAUCGUCUUUG